AUGGUGUGGUUCCAAAACCGUCGUGCGAAAUUCAGGAAACAAGAGCGUUUAGCUCAACAGAAAGCGGGCGAGGCACCAGUGAAAGCAGAGGGCAAGCGGGAUAAGCCGACGUCGCCUGCGCCGUCGCCGCACCCUGCGCCCAUUGCGCCUGCGCCUCAACCUGCUCACCACGCUUUACCUCACCUUUCUCCGCCCGACCUAAAGCCUAUCACCUCGGCAGGUAAAUAUCCGAACAAACUAUGUGAGGAACUGAACGGAGUCGGUGACCUGGGCCUGCCACCAGUAAGCAGCAGCGGUGGAGGAAAGUGGACUGGAGGAUGCGGUCUGCUGCGUCAGCCAUCUGGCUUCCCGCUACUCGGCGUCGCGCCACCCAACUAUCUCCUGUCCGACCACCUCGGAACUCUUGCCAAAACGAAUAACCAUUUAUUCUAA